GAGCGGGUGCUGGGAGCGCAGACCCUGCUGCGGUCCCUGCUGGAGUCACACGAAAUCCCCUCCCUCAUCCUCUGGGGACCACCGGGCUGCGGCAAGACUACACUGGCACACAUCAUAGCCAACAGCAGCAAAAAGAACGGCACGAGGUUUGUGACACUGUCAGCCACCAGUGCCAAGACAAAUGAUGUUCGAGAUGUCAUCAGCCAAGCUCAGAAUGAAAAAAGACUCUUCAAAAGAAAAACCAUACUCUUUAUUGAUGAGAUUCAUCGUUUCAAUAAAUCUCAGCAGGACACGUUCCUUCCUCACGUUGAGUGUGGGACAGUGACUCUGAUAGGAGCGACCACUGAAAACCCUUCUUUCCAAGUCAACGCUGCUCUUCUGAGUCGAUGCCGGGUGAUUGUCCUGGAGAAGCUCUCAGUUGAAGCGAUGGAGGCGAUUCUGAUGCGGGCUGUCAGGUCCUUAGGGGUCCAGGUUUUGGGCCAGGGUGACCAGCACAGCAGCUCUGCGACUGGCAGCAGCAGUGAAAGCUCAGAAUUCCCAGUAUACAUAGAGGAGAAAGCUCUAAAAACCCUAGCCUACCUUUGUGAUGGUGAUGCAAGGACUGGACUGAAUGGACUCCAGUUAGCAGUUCAGGCCAGAUUAGCAGUGGGGAAGACCACUCCUUUGAAUAUUCCCAAAAGAGGUUCUGCAGAUAGCAUUCUGAUAACAGAAGAGCAUAUAAAAGAAGGGCUACAGCGAUCUCACAUCUUGUAUGACCGAGCAGGAGAAGAACAUUACAAUUGCAUCUCUGCCCUGCAUAAGUCUAUGAGAGGCUCAGAUGAAAAUGCUUCCCUUUACUGGCUUGCUCGAAUGCUUGAAGGUGGUGAGGAUCCACUCUAUGUGGCAAGGAGGCUGGUGAGGUUUGCAAGUGAAGAUAUAGGGCUGGCAGAUCCUCUGGCCUUAACACAAGCAGUUGCUGCUUAUCAAGGCUGUCACUUUAUUGGAAUGCCAGAAUGUGAGGUGAUUCUAGCACAGUGUGUAGUGUACUUUGCCAGAGCACCCAAGUCUAUAGAGGUGUACAGGGCAUACAGCAAUGUCAAAGAAUGUCUGAGAAUGCACACGGGACCUCUGCCACCUGUUCCACUGCACCUGAGAAAUGCCCCAACAACACUCAUGAAGAACUUGGGCUAUGGCAAAGGCUAUAAAUACAACCCUAUGUACAAGGAACCUGUAGAGCAGGACUAUCUACCAGAAGAGUUAAAAGGAAAAGACUUCUUCAACGGAUGAAAAACAUGACCACCUUGCUCAGAAUGGGGUUUGGUUUUAUGACUCAUACAUUUGUAUUGGGAUGGAAAUUCCCUUCAGUCUCAGCCAUUUGUUAUCAUGAUCAAAAGUGUUAAGUCACUGAGCCUUUCAGAUACUUUCUUAUCCUUCUAUCUUUACUGCUGUUAUUCUGAAGGUGUUUUGUAAA